UGCCCAUUAAAAGAAAAGGAAAGAGGAUAAAAGACCCUCUUAGUCUUGGCCUAUCGGGGUUUAAGGCAACGGGUGCUAGCCCGUGCACGGUGCACCAACGUAAAUGCUAGGUUUAGUUGCCAACUUCCUCUCUGAACCACGUUGUCGGUUGAAGACUUCGAAGCCGAUUUCCUUCCGUUGUUUACGUGAAUGAGGUCGUUGAGGGAUGGUUUAAUAUUCCACGUCCAAGCCAUAAAAGCUGGCUUUACACCACCGAUUCUCACGUUCAAUCAACUCAUUCAUCUCUACUCCAAACACCGCGGUAUCCAUGAAGCUCAAAAACUGUUCGAUGAAAUGCCCGAACGAAACGUUUUCUCUUGGAAUACAAUCAUCUCCGCCUACAUAAAAUCCCAAAACCUAACAAAAGCGCGUGUUUUAUUCGACGAUGCACCACGGAAAGACUUGGUCACUUACAAUUCAAUGUUGUCUGGUUAUGUAAGUGCCGAUGGGUAUGAAACUCACGCGCUGGAAUUAUUUUACGACAUGCGAACGGCACAAGAUGUUAAGAUUAAAAUCGACGAAUUUACUGUAACCACAAUUCUAAAUUUGAGUGCGAAGUUGACUAAAUUGAGUUAUGGUGCUCAGUUACAUUGUUUUAUGGUGAAAACAGGGAAUGAUAAAACUGGAUUUGCUGUGAGUUCUCUCAUUGACAUGUAUUCUAAAUGUGGGUGUUUUAAAGAAGCGUUUCAAGUUUAUAAAGGUGGUGGUGGAUUGGUUGAUUUGGUUUCGAAGAAUGCAAUGAUGGCAGCAUUUUGUAAACAAGGUGAGAUGGAAAUGGCUUUGGAACUCUUUUGGAAAGAGCCUGAGUUGAAUGAUGCUGUAUCUUGGAAUACUUUGAUUUCAGGUUAUCAACAACACGGCUAUUUGGAAGAGUCACUGAAGCUGUUUGUUAUGAUGGGAGAAAAUGAGUUUAGAUGGAAUGAGCAUACUUUUACAACUGUUCUAAGUGCUUGCUCCACAUUGAAGAAUUUGAAAGCUGGAAAGGAAGUUCAUGGGUGGGUUUUGAAGAAUGGUUUGAGUUUGAAUCCUUUUGUAAGUAGUGGCAUUGUUGAUGUUUAUUGCAAGUGUGGUAAAAUGAAGUAUGCAGAGUUAAUGUAUUUGGGUAGUGGGAGAAGCAACUCCUUUUCAGUUACUUCAAUGAUCGUGGGCUAUUCAUCUCAAGGUAAUAUGGUAGAAGCGCGGAGGCUUUUUGAUUCGUUGGCUGAGAAGAAUUCUGUUGUGUGGACGGCAUUAUUUUCUGGUUAUCUCAAAUCACAGAAUUGUGAUGCUGUGUUUCAACUCUUGAGUGAGUUUUGGGAUAAGGAAGCAACUAUUCCUGAUGGUUUGAUACUUAUGAAUGUGCUUGGUGCUUGUGCCUUACAAGCGACUCUGGAUCCAGGAAAGCAGACUCAUGGUUAUAUGCUGAGAGUGGGAAUUGAAAUGGAUGAGAUGUUGUUUAGUGCCAUGAUAGAUAUGUACUCAAAAUGUGGGAAUAUAGCAUAUGCAGAAAAGAUUUUUCAAAAGGUUAAUGUUAAGGAUUCAGUCAUUUAUAAUGUAAUGAUGGCUGGCUAUGCUCACCAUGGACAUGAAAGUAAAGUUUUUCAGCUGUUUGAGGAGAUGGUGCAGCAAGGAAUCAAGCCUGAUGUUGUUACCUUUGUUGCACUUCUAUCAGCUUGCCGUCACUGUGGUUUAGUAGAACUGGGGGAAAAAUACUUUAAUUCCAUGACAGAAUUUUAUAAGAUGUUGCCUGAGAUUGACCACUAUGCUUGUAUGAUUGAUCUGUAUGGGAGGGCUAACCAAUUAGAAAAAGCUGUGGCAUUUAUGAAAGUUAUUCCCAUAGAACAUGAUGCUGCUAUUAUGGGGGCAUUUCUGAAUGCUUGUAGAUUAAAUAAAAAUGCAGAAUUGGCCAGAGAAGCAGAAGAGAAACUACUAAGAAUUGAAGGAGAUAAUGGAGCUCGGUAUGUGCAGUUGGCCAAUAUUUAUGCUGCAGAAGGAAACUGGGCAGAGAUGAGGAGGAUAAGGAAGGAGAUGAGAGGGAAGGUCAAGAAGUUUGCUGGUUGCAGUUGGGUAUUUGUGGAAAAUGAAGUUAAUACUUUUAUCUCCGGUGAUAGAUCCCACUCAAAAGCAGAGGCUAUUUUUGCAACAUUAGACUGCUUGACCAGAGAACUACAUGAAACUGGCGAGGCAUUCCUUUGAGAAGACUAUGUUCUACGGUCCAACAUGUCAUUGCAAAAGUCAGAUUAUUUGGAGUCAGAAAUCCAGGGUGACAUCUGGGUUUUCAUGCCCAUUCAGUGCCAUGGAUAUGCAGGAGGUAUGCUGUAGUUCCAUUAUAGUGAGCAGGGUGUCCUUAUACGUCCUAUUAACUUAUUGUACAAUAACAAGUCUUCAUUUCUCUCUCUUUUAUUAUGUUUUACGUGUAGAUUAUUAAACGCAAUCCUAUAAACACAUUUUGCAUCGUUUGGUGUCUUCCUCACACAACAGUACUACAACUUCAUCCUUUUUCCUUGAAAAACAUGUCCAUUGGUAAUAAAUUUUCAGCCAAAUUAUUGGCACAAUUAUCAUCCUUUCCCGUUGUCUUUCUUAUCUUCUUGUUUUGCUUGCUUUUCCUUCCAACUCAAGGUUGCUUUGGUAUUUUAUUUUGCUUCCAACUCGGGCAUAUACUACUUUUGUGCUCACCCCCUAACAAAUAUCUUACAUAUAAUGUAGAAGCCUACUUCAGCCUUUGGAAGCACAUGGAAUGCUUCAUUGUUAAUAUUUUUAUCUUGGCCUAGGAAAUCAAACUGGAACUUCUGUUGUUUCUUUGUUUUCAUACUGAAAAAGCUAGCCUCAUUUGUUGUUAUUUUUCUAUUCGAAGGUGCAUGUGACAACUUUAUUAGUCUUCUGGAGCUCAAUGAUAGAAGCAAGGAUUACUGAGGAAGUCAUGAUACGUUCAAUUUGGCCCCAGUGCCCCAUUCUGGUAUGCAUUCAUUAUCUUAUUUCUUCACAAGUGGAGAAGACCAGUUAUUAAACAGCAAAGCAAUUGAAACCGAAGCUGAGAGUGCAAACGUAUGAAAUUUUUGGAAGGAUGCCAUCGACCCCAAAGAUGUCUAAUGCUACCACUACUGCCUGCAAUGGCUUUCCCUUACAAAGCAGCAUGAUUCCCAGCUGCUUUGAUUGCUCUCCUGGCCGGGAUCAUACUUAUACCUUUGGCAUAAUUCCCAUCUUCAGAAAGAGCACAAACAGCAUAUUGAUCUUCAAUGCAUGCCUUUCCAAUUUUUCUUCAAAAUUUGUUAAACCAUAAAAGUAUAAUCAUCAUUAGUUAUAAGGAAAUUGUUGGAUUCAGGAUUUCUAUUAAGUUUUGCCUAUUAAUUUA